CGGACAGCUCACGCGCACAGCUCCGCUGUCCGACCUCAGCACGCAAUCAUCCGCAGCAGUGCUCAACACGGGCACAAGUCCCGAUCUCGGCUCACUCAAGACGAGGCAGUGCACGCACAACCAGACACACCACGCUCGCAACAGACACGGACAUCACCACCACCACCACUUCGUUCAUUCGACGCAGCUAGACCCGAAGAUGACAACGAUGGGGAGAUCAACGUUAGUCCUGGCCGUGGCGUUGGCAGUGCUCUGUAUUGCGACGCCGACAGAAGGCCAACUCCGACCUGAUGGGUUGGGAGUCUGCUCCGAGAAGAUCAGCAAAAUCCAGACCUACAUCUCCUACUACAAGAACGCUGCGCUCGUGACAACGUCAAAGCUCAGCUACCGCGUGGUCCAGAUCACGCAGUACGUGUGCUGCCCGGGCUGGCUCGUCAGUGGCGACGAGUGUCCCAUCUUCACGUGCCAGGACCAGUGUCUCAACGGCGGCGUGUGCAGCUCCAACAACACGUGCAGCUGCCCGUCAGGAUACACGGGCCUCCUGUGCGAAACCGAUAUCGACGAGUGCUUGACACAGAACGGAGGCUGUGGACAGACCUGCACCAACUCCGACGGAUCCUUCAGCUGCUCCUGCAACGCCGGCUACACCCUGGGGGCCGACAGCCUGUCCUGUGAAGAUGUUGACGAGUGUAAGGCUCUGCCAAGCCCCUGUGCUCAGAUCUGCAUCAACUCCAUCGGCUCGUUCAAAUGCGCGUGCAACAGCGGCUACACCAUAGCUGCCGACGGCCUGGCUUGUGAUGAUAUCGACGAGUGCAUCCCCAGCUCUCCGUGCGAGUCGCAAUGCACCAACAGCGUGGGGAACUUCUCCUGCACGUGCCCUGCUGGACAGCUCCUCAACGAUGACGGGCGGACAUGCAGAGACGUGGACGAGUGUGGAGCGGCGGUGUCUCCGUGCUCCCAGUUCUGCGUGAACACGUGGAGCUCGCACCGCUGUGCGUGCCCACCGGGCUACCAGCUCGCGGGGGACGGAGUCGCCUGCGACGAUAUUGACGAGUGCACGAUCAGCCCGGCCGUGUGCGCCGUGCACUGCGCGAACUCCGCGGGCUCCUACAGCUGCUCAUGCGAUCCGGGAUACGUCCUCGCCGAAGACAACAGCAAGUGCAUCGAUGACAAUGAGUGUGCGUCUUCUCCCUGUGGGCAAGUCUGCGUCAACUCCAUCGGCUCGUUCGCCUGCAAGUGCAACCCCGGGUUCCUCCUCAACGCAGUGGACCUCAAGACUUGUGAUGACGUUGACGAGUGCGUGGCGUCUCCGGGCCCCUGCAACCAGAGCUGCACCAACUCGGUCGGCGCCUUCGCCUGCUCCUGCUCUAGCGGAUGGAUCCUGGGCAAAGACAACAGCAGCUGUGAAGACGUGGACGAAUGCGCCGUCGCCAACGGAGGCUGCUCCAACCUGUGCGUCAACAGCGCCGGCUCGUUCGCGUGCUACUGCCCCAUCGGCUACAUCCUGGACACGGCCUCCACCUGCGCAGAUGACGACGAGUGUGCCAAAGUUCCACCUCCCUGCAACGGCACCUGCGCCAACAUCGCCGGCAGCUACACCUGCAGCUGCGGCUCCGGGCUGGCCCUGGCCUCGGACGGUCACUCCUGCAUUGACGUCGACGAGUGCACCUCGUCGCCGUGCAACCAGAACUGCGUCAACACCUUCGGCUCCUUCUACUGCACCUGCAACCCCGGAUUCGUGCUCAGCGCGCCCACGACAUGCACCGACGUUGACGAGUGCGCGCCUUCUCCGGGCCCCUGCAACCAGAGCUGCACCAACUCGGUCGGCGCCUUCGCCUGCUCCUGCUCUAGCGGAUGGAAACUGGGCAAAGACAACAGCAGCUGUGAAGACAUUGACGAGUGUGCCCUCGACACGGACGGCUGCCUGGGCGACUGCGUGAACAAGGACGGGAGCUUCCACUGCACGUGCCUCAAAGGAUUCCGUCUGGACGUUGAUAAAGUGACUUGCAUCGAUGUGUUGGAGUGCGCCAGCAGCCCCUGUGCGCACACGUGCACCGAGCUGCUCGGAGGAUUCCAGUGCAGCUGCAUGGCCGGCUGGGAGUUGGCGACGGACAGCUCGUCCUGUAUCGAUGUGGACGAAUGCAAGCUGAACAGCGACAAGUGCAACCAGACUUGCGUCAACACGAAUGGGUCGUACAUCUGCGAGUGUCAACCUGGCUUCUCUCUCAACGCCGAUCUCCUCAUGUGUGACAACAUCAACGAGUGCAAUGGUGGUACAGGCCCCUGCCAACAGAUCUGCACGGACUCCUACGGGUCGUAUGCCUGCUCGUGCAACCCUGGCUUCUUGCUGUCGACAGACAAGCACUCGUGCGUGGAUGUGAACGAGUGCGACUCAGCCAACGGCGGAUGCGCUCAGAUCUGCGACAACACGAACGGGAGUUACGCGUGCGCCUGCAUGCCGGGCUACACGCUCAACGCCGACGGUCACCUGUGCGACGACGUGGACGAGUGUUUGCUGAACGCCGCCGGCUGCCAGGAUGUCUGCAUCAACAACGUGGGCUCCUUCGCCUGCUCCUGUCCCGCCGGCUUCAAGCUGCAGGCUGAUGGCAAGAGCUGCUCAGACAUCGACGAAUGCGCCGACCCAGCGCUCAGCGGCUGCAGUGACUUCUGCAUCAACACGAACGGCUCCUUCAAGUGCGGCUGCCACCCUGGAUACCAGCUGUUCAACCAGACCGCGUGCCAAGACAUCGACGAGUGCGCCACCAGCAACGGGAAGUGCCAGCAGCUGUGCGUCAACAGCGCCGGCUCCUUCGCCUGCCAGUGCCACGUGGGCUACGUGCUGCUGGAUAACGAGAGCGCCUGCAUGAAGUGUGGAGGCAGCAUGUCCCUGCUGUCGGACUCCAUCGCGUCUCCGGGCUACCCCUACAUCGGCUUCGCGGUGUCCGAGACGUGCACGUGGAACAUCACGCUGCCCCUGUUCUACCGCGUCAACAUGACCUGCGGAUCAGUGCUGUUUGGUGACGCGGGGCUGUGCACCUACGCCAACAUGAGCCUCGCGCUCUCCGCCACGUCCACCAAGAAGGUGUGCAAGGCGCUCACCGCCCCGGCGCUCAGCUCAGCCAACGUCCUCCUGCUCGACUACUACAACUCGGGCACGGGGCUCGACACGGGCUUCCAGUGCAGCUACACCUCCUUCUACCGCCGGAGGCUGUCGCUCACCGCCGCCUCGGGAGGCUUCAUGGCUCCCAACGAGACCGCGACCACGUUCGCGAGUAACGCCAACCUCACCGUCACCAUCACGCGCGCCGGCAAGUUCAUCUGCACCAAGUUCACCUCCUUCAGCCUGAACGGACUGGCCCCAUGCGGCUCGUCCGGCGACUACCUGAUAGUCUACGACAGCAACGCGACCCUGGUCGCGCCCCGCACGACGCUGUGCGGCGCCGCCAUCCCGCCCGCCAUCCUCAGCACCGGCAGCUCCAUCACCUUCACCUUCAUCAGCGACGCCGUCGACUCGGUCGGAGCCUUCGUGGCCACCUACACCACCGGGCUGGCUACAAUGCCGUGCGUCUAGUGGGAACCACGCGCGCCCGACAGCAAACGCUUACAACACGGAAACAACGACAACGACACGAAGAUGGCACUCGAGAGAGAAAAGUUUUAACAAAAAUCUAUAUUAAUAUUAAGCAAAGCAAAGGAAUAUAGAGAAAUCUAAAUUGUUAUGGCAGUGCCAAGCAUUGCAAACUCUUCGUAGCUGGGCCCAGGCCUGUUUCUUCCUGACGGUUAAUCACUGAACUCAACUAAAAACACCGCAACUCUCUUUCACAAUAUUUUAUUUUCUAACCAGACACUACGUUUUUCAGACGCGACCCCUGGCCACCACAAAUGAUAGCAGGUUUGACAUCGUCAUCAUAGUCGUCAUCAUAGUCGUCAUCAUCGUCAUCAUAGUCCCUGUCACGUGGACAUUCGUAGCAGCAGCCCGAAACAUUCGGAGGGACCCAGAGACAAAAUCCACGCAGUGAUCACGGUGAGAGAGACGCAGACUCCAAAUAUACAGCAGCAACAGCAGGCGUCACCACCACUCACCAGUCAACUCACCUGGUCCUCACCACCACUCACCAGUCAACUCACCUGACCCUCACCACCACUCACCAAUUUCCGCAGUAGUAACAAUGACAGUAGUGUUGGGUAAAGGAGCCCAAAUUCCUGUAACGCCAAUCCGGCUUAUCCACAAUAACAACAACGACAACAACAUCAAUCAGUAGUCAUCUCGGUUAGAAAUAUAUCUCCAUAUAUAUGUAGUAGAGUUCACGACUCUUGGACGCCGGAGUUGGAGGCACACGGGUUUAUUUCACACAGCACGGUUGUGGCAUACAACACUAGAGGGGGUGUCGGCCCCCUCACCCGGCUAGCUGGGGAUACACGCGCUAGCUACUCCUAGCCUGCCUCCUAGUCCUCCACUAACGGGCUAGGGGAGGCUAUCUGGCCCGACACUGGUAAGUCGGGCCCGGUACCCUGAGUCCCAGACCAGCUCUGACAAGAGCACCGGCUCUGGCUCUCGGGACCACGCCGCUGGCUCGGUCCUGUUCGGCCCUGAUAAGGACGGCGAACCAGGGGAGUCCAGGGCUCUAGCUAAGACGUCUUCAGUCUUCCCUCGUUAGCUUAACAUUUUCCCCGAGCCCUCCGACACAUCCCCUUUUAUACUCAACCUCCGCUGAGGGGUGGGGCCCCGGGGGAUCAUAACUCCGAAUCAACCCCCCCAGGCUGCCUGGCGCGGACGUCGUAGAGGGCACCUCCCCGUGCACUCACGUAGCCCCGCCCACUGUGUUUGUUUGCCAUAAGCUGCCAUGCAUAACGGGCUCUCUUCCUAACACCCCUACAUCUAUAUACAAUCUGUAGUGGCAUUCAUGCUAAUUGCAGUUCAAUGCACACACAUCAUGGAGCUGUACAAAGGCAUUAUGUCGAGUAAUCGCAUUGAGUGGUGGGUGCGCUGAAUGCCAUUCAUGGCAGACGAUGAUUUGUGACAUUAAAGUGCCGUCAAUGAAAGCGUGAGAAAAUGUAAAAAACCCAAACAUUGAACAAGCAAAUCAAUAAGUGGUAUCAACCACAGAAGGCGUAGAUCAAAGACGAGGAGUUCACUUCGAAGAUUCUAAGCUGUUAAGCCUUUUGCAAUGCUUGGAGUUCCUGUGCUGUAUCUUGCUGAUUCAAAUAAAUAUAAUGACCUUGGCAAUGA